CUGCCUGCACCGUUGGUGUCCAUUUGUUCUCUCAUCGCGCUCACAAUGCAGCCUCCAGUGUCCUCCGAGGUACAAUGCUCCCACCUGGAGGUUCCCGAUGCCAAGGUGUACUAUGAAGUGCGUGGCCAAGGCCCCCUUCUCCUGAUCAUGGCCGGGGGCAACGGCACCGCAGCCUUCUUCGCAUCUUUUGCAUCUCUCCUGUCGUCCCACUUUCGAGUAGUGACAUACGACCGACGAGGAUUUUGGCGGAGUCCUAUCAGAGAUGCGCCCAGCUUCGACGCAUCCAGACUGUUGAAGGCGAAUGUCGAGGAUGCUGCCGCCCUGAUUCAACACCUCUCACCCAGUGCGCCGGCCAUUGUUUUCGGAUCCUCUUGGGCAGCCAACAUUGCCAUGAAUCUGCUCAACGCCCAUCCACAGCUGGUACGCAAGGUCAUUGUUCACGAGCCCGUCUUGGGAAACCUGUUCACGCCGACGACCCUACAAGGAUUCAGUGAGGAUAUCGAUCAAAUCAUUGCUGCGUUCCGCCAGCGUGGAGUGCCGGCGGCCAAUGCGAUCCUGACUGCCAUCACGAGUAGUCAACGCGAUCGAGAGCUGUUCGUUGCCUCGCCAGUGUUCAAACAGCUGAUGUCCAUCCCCCCCAGCAACCAAGACUGGUACUUUGGAGUUGAGAUGGCUGAGUGGCGGCAGUUCACCACCUUCGAGCCGGAGGUUCUCCUGGGCCAUCGGGGCAAGCUGGUGCUCAUGCGCGGGGCAGAAGAAUCCCCGGUUUUGACCGCGCAACCGAUCUGUGUCUUGUCCGACCGACUGAAUCUGCCCGUGGUUGACAUGCCUGGAGGUCAUUUAGGCUAUAUUACACAUCAGCAGGAGUUCAUUGACAGCUUGGGGCAAUUAUUGUUGCGUCACGAGCGGGCUCGGUUGUGAUCCAUGGUUUUGCGAGAGUC